UUCUCUUCUCUUUAGCACCAGAGCAACGGUCAUCAUGGCUUUAUUUCAGAUCUUCUUCAUCUCGAUAAUAAGUUCCUGCGUGCCACAGGAUGCGGAUAUUAUUACUCCUGUGGUGAAUAUCUUCUCUGAGCUGAAGGAGCUUAAAGCCUCGAUUGAUGGACUGAGAACGGAUCUGAACUCGGCUAAAAAUGAACUCGAGGAGCAGAAAAUCUUGAUUCAGGACCUGUGGAAACAGGUUAAGGAGAGUCCAAAAGUGGCAUUCACUGCAUCCAUGUCGGCAACAGCGAGUACAAACCGGGGGCCUUUUAGUAUGGAGACCAGACUCAUCUUUGAUAAAGUCCUAACCAACGUUGGUGAUGCAUACAACCCUGUCACAGGAGUCUUCACAGCACCUGUUAAAGGUGUGUAUUACUUCAGGUACUCAGGCUCCGCGUUUUCCGCCCAUGAUAUGGGUCUGAGCAUCUUUAAAGGCACAGCACGAUUUGUGUCUUCAUACGAAUAUAAUUCUGGGGAGCGCAACGACCAAAUGUCCAAUGGAGCCGUGAUGGAGCUGGAUGUUGGAGAGGAGGUUCACGUGAAGCUGUGGAUCAGAUGCUGGAUCUUCGUGGAUCGACGUUACAACUAUUCCACUUUCACAGGCUACCUGCUUUACCCUCAGGAUUCUGCUUCUGUAUAAUUUAAUGAAGUGAAUUAUUUAGCAAUAUGUCAAAAAGAACUGUUUAAAAGUCCUGAAAUUGUAUCAUGUUUCUUCAAUGUGAAUGAAUUUAAUUCAACAGGUUACUAUUUCGGAUAUACA